GUAUGUAACACAUAAAGGCAAAUUUAAAACAGUCAUCCAAAAGAUGACAGAAAAGUGAAAAGAGCAUUCUUUUUUAGCUUUAAAAUAAGCCAGUUUAAGCAGUAUAAACUAAUUACUAUCAUCGGCAACAUCACAAGGAGUGCAAAAAUGUUGCGUUCGAUUCCGUGGUUGUUAAAAUAUCAACCUAGCAUUAACGUUCUAGUCCGGCAGGAGUUCUGCUCCGAAGCUUUGCGUACUGCUAAGGCAUUCUCCGUGGAAAGUGUGCGCGAAAAGUGGGAGUCCCGAUUUAAGUCUGAAAACAUUCCUGAAGCUGGGUCAUCUAUUGUCAAUAUACUAGCUCACGUUUUGCAACUACAGUCGUUAGACGAAGUUCGUAAGAGCCGAGAUCUUAUACUAAACGAUAGUCAAUUGAGCAAAAUUGACGAGCUGUGCCAGUGCCGCCUCGCGCGGAUGCCCGUUCAGUAUAUAAUCCGCGAGUGGGAAUUUAGGGAUAUUACCCUGAAGAUGAUUCCACCGGUAUUUAUUCCACGGCCGGAGACUGAGGAGCUUGUGGAACUUAUUUUACAGCAAAUCGAUACACAACGUCAGCUGAGAUUCCUAGAGAUAGGUUGUGGUAGUGGAGCAAUAGUACUUUCGAUAUUAAAGCACGUUCCUUUGUCUUCAGCGGUGGCAGUGGAUCAAAGCAAAUUAGCUUGUGAGCUUACGCUUGAGAACGCCCAAAAUCAAGGACUCACAGACAGGCUUAGAAUAUUCAAACAUAAACUUGUAGACGGACUCCCAGAAGAAUUUUCGGAUCACAAAUUUGAUAUGAUUGUCAGCAAUCCCCCGUAUGUUCCUUCCCAACAGCUUUUGGAACUGGAACCGGAGAUAAAAAUCUACGAAGAUCUACGUGCCCUGGAUGGCGGACCAGACGGGUUAACUAUUGUCAAAGCAAUAUUGGAGCUGGCCGGAAAGCACCUCAACCCAGAAGGUGUACUUUGGUUGGAAGUGGACAGUUCCCAUCCCGAAAAGAUUGUUGCAUUUUUGGACGAACACGGAUCAAGAAUAGGAUUAAAAUACGUUUGCUCAUACAAAGAUCUCUUUCAAAAAGAGAGAUUUGUAGAAUUGGUAAAAUUUUAGUGAGAAUGAACAAAACAAAAAUCUGUUAUUAAUUAGACUUAUAUUAAUACAA